AUGGUAUCGUCGUCGCCGCGUGCGCAGACGCGGUCGCAUGAUGUUGACCCAAAAAGGAUUAAGGCUUACUCGGAGCAACUCCGUCAACGUAAAGAAGCAGAAGAGAGGAUCGCAGCGCAGAAUGAGUUUCUACGUACAUCACUACGAGGCUCGCACAAGUUGCAGGCGCUGGAGUCGAACCCGCCAAACACUACCUCUUUCGUCAACGAAGCAUAUGAGGAAGAUGAUGAACCGUCACAUCUUUACCAGCUUGUUGAUUACCAAGAAGUCUGUGCUGCACUAUCGAGGGUUCAAAAGGCGUUAGGGUCGAUUGGUGAAUCAGGUCUCGCAGCGAGAGUGGCAGGAGCAGCCAGUGCCUUAACCAGUCCAGGGUUACGCACUGCGCUUGCGACGCGAUCAGCUGUCCUCACCGCUGUUAGACAUAAAAGGCCUGCGCUCACGCCGCCGCAGACGCAGAGAGCUACCGAUCGAUUAAAAGAUUGUAUAGAUGUACUAGGAUCGCAUACAGCGUCAGGUGGUGAGACGUCAGGCGUAGCUGCGGAACUGCUGUCAAUUCUGGGAGGGCUUGAGUUAGAAAACCUUUUGCAAGCGCACGACCAGGCUGCCGCCUUGCUUGACCCCUCUUGCUUUGCGCGGGGCAAAAGAAAUAAGACUGCAAACCACGUAACCGAGAACGACAAGUUCCAACCGACCAAUUCGCCGGACGACACCAGCGAUACUAUUAAGAUUAUUAAAAUUGAAAAGACUAAUGAACCACUUGGUGCUACAGUACGCAAUGAAGGUGAGGCGGUGAUAAUCGGGAGGAUAGUGCGGGGUGGGGCUGCUGAGAAGUCAGGGCUGCUGCACGAGGGAGAUGAGCUGCUGGAAGUGAACGGUGUGAGCAUGCGCGGCAAGUCAGUGCACGAGGUGUGCCAGCUGCUAGGCGGACUGGCGGGGACUUUGUCCGUGGUGCUGGCACCUCGCGCCCGCCCGCGUCCGCCGCCCGCCCAUCGGGUGCUGCACGUCAGGGCGCACUUCGACUACGACCCCGAGGACGACGUCUACAUCCCUUGUCGGGAGCUCGGCAUAAGUUUCCAAAAAGGCGACGUGUUGCACGUGAUCAGCCGCGAGGACCCCAACUGGUGGCAGGCCUUCCGAGAAGGGGAGGAAGACCAGACCCUCGCCGGACUCAUUCCUAGUCAGGCUUUUCAGCAUCAGCGUGAAUCAAUGAAACUAACCCUGGCGGGUGAAGUAGCGGCGAGGGAUAAGCCCCGCAAAGGAGGGACUCUGCUCUGUGCCAAAAAGCCGCCCAGGAAGAAGAAAGGCAAGAAAGCGACCAGCGAAGCCGGAUAUCCGGUUUAUUCCACUUCAGGUGGAGAUGAAUACGAGCAAGAAGAGAUCCUAACGUUCGCCGCGGCCGUGCCACAUACGUCGAGACCUCGCAAAGACCACGAAGUUCCCGGACAGGACUAUCAUUUCAUAUCCCGGACGCAAUUUGAGUCGGAUAUACUUAAUAGAAAAUUUGUGGAACACGGGGAGUAUGAGAAGGCGUAUUAUGGUACAUCGCUAGAAGCCAUUCGGGAAGUGGUGAAUUCUGGGAAGAUCUGUGUUUUGAAUCUUCACCCUCAAUCUUUGAAGAUAUUACGAGGCUCCGACCUCAAGCCUUACACGGUGUUUGUGGCGCCGCCCAGCUUGGAGAAAUUGAGGCAGAAGAAAAUCAGAAAUGGCGAGGCUUAUAAGGAGGAAGAAUUGAAAGAAAUAAUAGCCACAGCCCGCGACAUGGAGCUUCGUUGGGGCCACCUCUUCGACAUGAUCAUCAUCAACAAUGACACUCAACGCGCCUACCAACAGCUCGUCAACGAAAUCAACAGCCUCGAAAGGGAGCCGCAGUGGGUUCCCGCCCAUUGGCUCAAGCACACCUAG